AUGGCCUUUGAAUCAAUCAAAUAUGUAUUCAACUUUUUCUAUCUCAACGAGACAGAAAAUCAAAAUUAUCCAGAUCGGCUGGGUCCACUACUGAGUUUUGGGGACCUCAUACCCUGCUAUGACCGUUCAGCUUAUCUUCUGGCCUCCGUGCAAACCGCUCACCCCUCACAUGUUACUGCACACUCCGUCUCAAAUGCGGCACCCCUCCCUCAACACAUGAAACACCACUCACGGGAGUUAUUUGAUCUCUGCACAGACACAAAGUGUAUACCACGCUGGCGUACCCGAAGCGCUUGUCACACGCGCGUCACGGCCGCGGCAGGACCGCAUCAAAAUAGCUACGCCCCAAAGUGCUACCAAGUGUGGCUUUUCCGCAGCGCGAAGCGUGAAAAUGUCGUCCCCCUUCAGGACAUUUUUUUCUACGCGCUGUUGAGCUAUCCAACCUUCGGAUGCAUCACGGAAAUCAUAACAGCCAUCUGUGGUCGCACCCUCGGCAUCCGCGUCGGCAAUCCUUCGAGCAUCAUGCCCGAACUGGGCGUCGUUAAUGAACGGUCGUGGGCUAUCUAUGAAGCUGGACGGCAUAGUCUCGUAUUUUCCCCUUCAAUCGACAACUACGAUUCCUACCAUGAUAGCAAAUACACAUUCUUCCGUUGGGCUGGAUGCAAUCUCGCCGGAUAUGACCCUAGCAAUCCCGAGGUCAUGCAGUUCUAUACCAACCAGACCAUCAUUGACGACUUCAAAAACUACAUCAAAGCAAUCCUUGCAUCCUUACCCAUACCAACUAAUUCACGGGUCUCACAUACGCCAAGGAUUUCACAAUCUUUGCUUAUGAAACCGGUAACGAGCUCAAUGGACUUAUUUUUGGAGGCAUUCAUAUUAUCAAGGAGCUUGCCCCCGUCAAAACUUGUCAUUGACGGUACCUACAGUGUCAAUGCGAUCCACCUCUCUAUCUCCACCAUCGACAUCUUCUCCGAUCACUUCUACUUCAUCUGA